AUGGACAACAAUGGAGCCACUCCACAGUCCACACCACCCAUGCACCCUGAGCUUCUCAUGGCGGCAUGCCAUGGCUGGCAUGGGCAACUGACGAGCCUUCUCAACGGGGAAGAUCAUCAAGCCGUACCAAUCGAGCACCGUCGACCUAGCAACUUGGCCGCCGAUGCAUCUCAAGCAGCAGUGUUCGUUGAGAUCGAUAUCCGUCGCAGCAACAUGAUGAGCCCACCAUUGCCGACGACGACGACGUCGCUUCUCCUCCAAGGCGUCACUUCAGACGGGGACUCCGCACUCCAUGUGGUAGCAGCCGCCGGAGAUGACGACAGGCACCUGCGAAGCGCCAUGGUGAUCUACAGCAAGACCAGGCACCUCUUGGAGGCACGCAACAAGAGGAGGAGCACGCCGUUGCACGUUGCCGUCAGGGCGGGCAACGUCGACAUGCUCGCUCUUCUUAUCCGCUUGGCCGGAGAAGAGGAAGGCGGGGAAGACAGGAGGAGGGCACUCCUGAGGAUGGAGAACGGCGUUGGGGAGACGGCCCUGCACGAGGCGGUCCGCGGGGACGACAUGCGGGCGGUGGCCGUGCUGAUGACGGCGGACCCGUGCCUGGCUCGUGUCCCGGACGCCGGCGUCUCGCCGCUGUACCUGGCCGUCGCUCUACGCCGGUACACCAUCGUACGGGACUUGCACGCGAGGGACAACCAGCUGUCCUACGCUGGACCGGCUGGACAAAAUGCCUUGCAUGCCGCGGUCCUUCAAAGCAAAGAGAUGACAGAAUUGCUUUUGGAAUGGAACAAGCAACUCACUAAAGAGCAGGAUGAACAUGGAAACAUGCCGCUACAUUUUGCUUUGUCACUAGAAGGGGAGGCACAUGGAAUGCUUCCCCAAUAUGCUGUGCCGGUUAAAAAAGGAAAAGCUAUUGCGACCCUUUUGAACAUAACAAAACCAACGUUGGAACUUACCAGGCAAUUACUGGAAGCAGAUGCAUAUUCAGCAUUUCAACCAGACAGAAAAGGGUCGUUCCCUAUACACAUUGCAGCCUCGGCAGGUAGACUUCUAGCAGUCAUCGUUUUGGUCACAAAGUUCCCUGGUUGUGCUGGAUUGCAUGACUCAGAUGGAAGAACAUUUGUUCAUGUUGCUGCCAAGAAGAAGAGAUACAGUAUAGUUGCAUAUGCAUGCCAAACGCCGGCAUUGUCAACGAUUUUGAACAAGCAAGACAAUGAAGGGAACACUGCUCUACAUCUAGCUGUUGAGGUUGGGGAUUGGUGGAUUUUCGCUCGCCUAUUUGCCAACAAGCAGGUGGACUUGAAUUUACCAAACAACAAUAAACAAACCCCACUGGAACUUGCUGUUAACACUAUUCCCACAGGACUGUACUUAAUCCUGAACUCACGAAUUCUGAUACAGGAAACACUAAUAGCUGCCAAUGCUACUCGUGGUGUUUUUCGUCGGGAUGCUAAUAUGCAAGAAUAUAGUCCCCAAUCUGAUGCAGAGAAUGAGGAAAAAGGGUCUGCAAUAGUAUCAAAUUCAACACAAUUUCUUAGCGUUGGCUUAGUCUUAAUUACAACGAUGGCAUUUGGUGCUAAUUUUGCGUUACCUGGGGGGUACAUAGCUGAUGACCACACUCAUGGAGGAACUCCAACUCUAGCUCGAGUAAAACAAUUUCAAGGAUUUAUGAUGGCAAACACGCUAGCGUUUUUCUGCUCGUCGUUAGCCGUCCUAAGCCUUGUGUUUGCUGGAACACCUACAGUUGAGUUGCCAAUGCGUUACAUGCACUACAAUAUAUCCAUAUGGCUAUCUCUGAAUGCAGUAGGGUCCUUGGGCCUAGCCUUUGCAAUAGCUGUAUAUAUCUUGAUUACUCCAGUUGCUGCUAAAACCUCAAUUGCGGUCAUUGUGGUUAUUCUUCCAAUAGGAAUCCUCUAUUCUCCCUCAGUAAUUGAAAAAUUUACUGUGCUUUUGUUAGUGUUAUGUAUUAGACCAGGAAUAUUGCCACUAUUAAGAUCUAGUAUCUCUAAGGUAAUGUUCCUCAUGUGUUGGCCGUUCAUAGUAAUAUUUGGUUGGCAAGAAUUAUCAUCACGGUACCAAUGA